AUGCUUUCCUCCACGAGGACAGCGGCCUCAAUGGCCCUGCGAGCGAAGCCGACCGCCUCCGUCAUCCCCUUCAGAAUCGCCGCCGCCUCCAUCUCCUCCUCGGCGCGAAAGGACGCCAGCCCCGCUGCUGCACACUCGACCGGCCUCGUCAAGAAGGAGCGCAGGGAGGUCCCCCUUCCUAGCCAGGAGGGCACCAAGGGUGUUUUGCAAUAUGCUCUCACCUCCCUCGACGUAAUAACGAACUGGGCUCGUCAGUCCUCCCUCUGGCCCAUGACCUUCGGUCUCGCCUGCUGCGCCGUCGAGAUGAUGCACCUCUCCACGCCUCGCUACGACCAGGACCGUCUCGGAAUCAUUUUCCGUGCAUCCCCGCGCCAGUCGGACGUGAUGAUCGUCGCCGGUACCCUCACCAACAAGAUGGCCCCGGCCCUGCGCCAGGUCUACGACCAGAUGCCCGAGCCCCGCUGGGUCGUCUCCAUGGGCUCUUGCGCCAACGGUGGCGGCUACUACCACUACUCGUACUCGGUCGUCCGCGGUUGCGACCGUGUUGUCCCCGUCGACGUCUACGUCCCUGGGUGCCCCCCGACCUCUGAGGCCCUCAUGUACGGCAUCUUCCAGCUCCAGCGGAAGAUGCGCAACACCAAGAUCACCCGCAUGUGGUACCGCAAGUAA